AUGGAAGAAGAAAAUUUAGUUCAAAUACUAGAUUGUAUUAAAUCUGAUGACAAUGAUUUAAGACAAAAUGCUAUAAAUAUGCUUAUUGAGUUAUUAAAGUCUUCUCAUGCAGGGUCUAUAAGUACACUUAAUUUUAAUACAAUUAUGGAAAAGAAACCUGUUCUUUUAGAUCUUUGUGAAAUUUUAUCGGAUAAUCAAAAAAGAAUGAUACAUGAUAUUAUAAGUUCUAUAUCAAUAAUGGGAGAUGAUUCAGAAAUUUUAAAACAUCGUCUUUUAGGGAAUGUUAUUCCUCUACAAGAAUGGGGACACUUGUAUGUUAAAAAAUUAAUAGGGGUGAUUGUUAAUAAUAAGCAUAAUGGUGAAGAUAUUAGUAAAGCGCAAGAGGUAUCUAAAUCAUGUGUAGAUUUUUUCUUUAAAAAUAACAUGGAGUUUGAUGCUAUAGAUUUUUUGAUAGAAAUAGAAGAUAUUAGAUCUAUCAUUAAAUAUGUAGAAAAGCACAACUACAAAAGAAUAAUUUUGUAUCUUCAAGAGAUGGCUCUAUUUUAUGAAUUGUAUGAACUUAUAAAUGAAAUAUGCCUGAAAAUGAAAGACUUUUCUAGAUACAUUGUUAAUGUUAUAGAUGGUGGUUAUUAUGAAGAUGCAAUAGAUUUUGUAGGGAAAUGUGAAGAUAAAAAAGUAAAGAAACAACUUCUUUACAUUUUAGCAAGAUGUAAUAUUUUUUAUGAUACCAAAGAUUUAGAAGAAAAAGCUAUUCUAUGCAAUGGACAUAUAAAAGAUACAUAUAGAAAUGUUAUAAAAAUCUAUGAAUUAAAUUCAGAAACAAAUAAGUCUUCUACAUUCAGAAAGCUAAGAUAUGAGAAAGAAUUAAAGGGAAUACAACAGAGUAGUUUCAAUCCCAUUACAGUUUGUAAUGGGUUUAUAAAUUUAGGAUAUGGACAGGAUAGUAUAUUUUUCCCUAAGAGUGGGGAGGAAAUUGAAGGUGUGGAAUAUUCAACUAUACUUAAUUCUAAUAUUCCAGAACUUAUUACUAUCUUAGGAAGUGUAGGAUGUAUUGAAUUUUGGAAUCCUAAUAAGGUUAUGGAAAUUUUACAAGAUAAUAUUUUUGGAGAUAUUUCUCUUAAACGUACAGGUUCACUUUUGGCUUUAGCUUUAUCUUCUUGUAAAUUGUAUGACGAAAAUAAGACUAUUUUGUCUCUUCUUACUUCUAACUUGGGAUCUAAUGAUCCACUUCAUGUUAUUCCCAUCCUCUUAGGAAUACAAUCAAUUUAUUGUAAUACUGCAGAAGAGGACUUGAAAGAACUUUUAUGUCCAUUGGUUUAUUCUGAUAAUUUAGAAAUUUCUUCCUUUGCUGCAUUUACUUUAGGAAGUAUAUUUGUAGGUACAGGGGAUGAUGAAAUACUCUCUGUUCUUUUACAACUUUACAUUGAAAAAGAAGAUUAUGCUGGAACACAUUCUUAUAAACUUAUUAUGUUAGGACUGGCUCUAUUGUUCUACAGAAGACCUGAUUUAGAAUGUAUUUUAGAAAACAUGGAUAUGACUUAUUCAAGACAUGGUAUUAUUUUAAUUAAAGGAUUCCAAAAUAUUAAAACAGGUGAUCAUAAUGUAGUAGAAGAAAUUCUUACAAAUGCAUUUUCGGGAGAGACAGAUGCUCUACUAGAAUCUAUUGCAUUGCUAAGUUGUUGUCUUGUAGGAAUAGGAGAUGAUCUGGCUCUACAGAUGAUUUCAAGAAUUUGUACUUCUUCUCAACUUUUGGAUUCUCCUCAUCUUAAAAGUGCUCUUCCUUUAUGCUACUCAAUUUUAUUUCCUUCAAGUUCUAACCAACAAAUUGUUGAUACACUGGAAAAAAAUUUAAAUUCAAGUGAUGCUUCUAUCAUCAUUACAUCUUUGUAUGCCUUGGGUGUUAUUGGUGCUGGUUCUGUCAGUGGUAGAAUUCAAAAAGUGCUGGAUUCUCAAUAUAGCAUGACUUACAAAGAUCCUAAAGCAGGGACAGUGUUAAGAAUUGCAAAUGGAUUACUAUCUCUUGGAAAAGGUCUUUCUUCAAUUUCUUAUUCUUUUUAUGACAGAUCAUGCAUUAUUCCCAAAAAUUUUAUAGGUUUAUUUUCUACUACAUUUUUGUUACUAGAUUCUGUUUCUAGUCCUCUUCUUACUGGAAAUACUUACCUUUUUUACUUAUUAAAUCAGAGUUUUACUCCUAAGUACAUUUACACGGAGAAAAAGGUUAACAUUAGAAUUGGAUUACCAGUUAAUACUGUUGGUGUUGUAGGAGAUCCUCGAAGGAUCUCCUCUAUGCAGACACAUUCUACGCCUGUUAUUAUAAAUACUACUGAGAGAGCAGAAAUUGAUGAACCGGGAUUGACACCAUUUAUUGAGGAUGUAGUGAUUUUAGAAAAUUAA